AUGAAGAUGAUAUUAAUCUCUCUUUGUUUAACCACUUUCUUAGCCUUUUUCUUCUUAAAAAAGCUCCUCAAACGAUCUAGCACCACCAAACUUAACCCACCACCGUCUCCGUGGCGACUUCCGGUGAUUGGAAACUUCCACCAGCUCAGUCUCUACCCUCACCGCUCCCUCCGUUCCCUUAGUCUCCGUUAUGGACCGCUCAUGCUCCUUCAUUUUGGCCGCGUCCCGGUUCUCAUAGUCUCCUCUGCUGAUGUAGCUCGUGACGUUAUGAAAACACAUGAUCAUAUCUUCGCCAACCGCCCAAUAACCAAAGCAGUCGAUAAAGUUAUGAAUGGUGGUAGAGAUGUGGUCUUUGCCCCCUAUGGCGAAUAUUGGAGGAAUGUUAAGAGUUUAUGCAUGGUGCAUCUCCUGACCAACAAAAUGGUUCGGUCCUUUGAGAAGGGGAGAGAAGAAGAGAUUGAACUUAUGAUGAAAAAGCUGGAGAAAGCGAGUUCAUCAUCUUCAAAAUUAAACAUAAGCCAACUUUUUAUUACCCUGACGAGCGAUGUAACGAGUAAAGUUGUUUUGGGAAGAAAAUAUAGCGGUGACGAAAGCACAGUCGAUAUCAAGAUCUUAGUGAGGACAUUCGCAGAGGUCUUGGGCACAUUCCCUAUAGGGGAUUACAUUCCUAGUUUGGCAUGGAUAGAUACGAUACGCAAUUUGGAUGGCAAAGUAGAAGAAGUAAGUAAAGCGUUCGAUGAUUUUCUGGAAAAAGUGGUGCAAGAACAUGAUCUAGAUGCAGAUAUAAAAAGAUCAGAUUUUGUUGAUACGUUGCUGUCGAUUCAAAGAGACAAGAUGACACCAUUCGCUUUUGAUAAAAGCGACAUAAAACUCAUCAUUUUGGACAUGUUCUUCGGAGGAACGGCAUCAACAUCUGCACUGCUAGAAUGGACGAUGACUGAGCUUAUGAGACAUCCAGAAUGUUUGAAGAAACUUCGAGACGAGAUUUGUACCAGUUCAACGCAUAAUUUAUAUGUAAAGGAGGAAGAUGUUGAGAACAUGAACUAUUUAAAUGCUGUGAUUAAGGAGACACUUCGGUUGCAUCCCCCACUGCCAGUAUUAGUUCCCAGACAAUUAAGCAAAGAUGUCAAAUUAGAUGGAUAUGAUAUUGCUGCAGGCACACAGGUGAUAUUCAAUGCGUGGGCAAUCCAACGAGACAGUGCGACAUGGGGACCGGAUGCGGAGGAAUUCAACCCGGAGAGGCAUUUAGAUUCACCCUUGGAUUUUCAAGGACAGGAUUUCAAAUUCAUUCCCUUUGGAUCAGGGAGAAGGUCAUGUCCUGGAAUCAGAUUGGCAUUGACAUUGGUUGAAGUGACAAUAGCAAAUCUUGUGAAACGGUUUGAUUUGAGAGUCGAGGUCGAGCCACAUGGAGAUGGUAAGCCUGAUUUAGCCGAGUCCGCUGGUAUCGAGGCUAGCCGCAGGUUCCCUCUUAUUGUCUUUCCAACUUCAGCUGUGGUCCUCCUUUAA